UUCAUCUUUGACGGUCUGGAUGAGAGUCGAAUUUCUCUGGACUUCCACAACAAUGAGGUCCUGACUGAUGUUACGGAGUCCACCUCAGUGGAUGUGCUGUUGACAAACCUCAUCAGGGGGAACCUGCUUCCUUCUGCUCGUCUCUGGAUCACCACACGGCCCGCAGCAGCCAAUCAGAUCCUUCCUGAGUGUGUUGACAUGGUGACGGAGGUCAGAGGGUUCACUAACACACAGAAGGAGGAAUACUUCAGGAAGAGGUUCAGAGAAGAGAAGUCCACCAAAAUCAUCUCCCACAUCAAGACAUCACGGAGCCUCCACAUCAUGUGCCACAUCCCAGUCUUCUGCUGGAUCACUGCUACGGUCCUGGAGAACGUCCUGGAGAAUGUUCUGGAAACCAGAGAGGGAAUGGAGCUGCCCAAGACCCUGACUGAGAUGUACAUCCACUUCCUGGUGGUUCAGGCCAAACUGAAGAAGGUCAAGUAUGAUGGAGGAGCUGAGACGGAUCCACACUGGAGUCCAGAGAGCAGAAAGAUGAUCAAAUCUCUGGGAAAACUGGCUUUUGAGCAGCUGCAGAAAGGAAACCUGAUCUUCUAUGAAUCAGACCUGAGAGAGUGUGGCAUCGAUGUCAGAGAGGCUUCAGUGUACUCAGGAGUGUUCACCCAGAUCUUUAGAGAGGAGAGCAGCCUGUACCAGGACCAGGUCUUCUGCUUCAUCCAUCUGAGUGUUCAGGAGUUUCUGGCUGCUCUUCACGUCCAUCAGACCUUCAUCAAGUCUGGAGUCAACCUGCUGGAGGAACAGAGAAACAGGUGGUUUAAAAAAAGAGCAGAGACUCACCUCUAUCAUAGUGCUGUGGACAAGGCCUUACAGAGUCCAAACGGACACUUGGACUUGUUCCUCCGCUUCCUCCUGGGUCUCAAACUGGAGACCAAUCAGACCCUCCUACGAGGUCUGUUGAAACCAAAACAAAGAAGAUCACAGAACAAUCAGGAAACAGUUGAAUACAUCAAGGAGAGGAUCAGUGGGUAUCUGUCUGCAGAGAAAAGCAUCAACCUGUUCCACUGUCUGAAUGAACUGAACGACGGUUCUCUGGUGGAGGAGGUCCAACGGUCCCUGGGGUCAGGACGUCUCUCCACAGGUAAACUUUCUCCUGCUCAGUGGUCGGCUCUGGUCUUCAUCUUACUGUCAUCAGAAGAUCUGGAGGUGUUUGACCUGAAGAAGUUCUCAGCUUCAGAGGAGUUUCUACGGAGGCUGCUGCCGGUGGUCCAAGCCUCCAAGAAAGUUGUGUUGAAUGACUGUAACCUCUCAGAGGACAUCUGUCCACUUCUGUCCUCAGUCCUCAGCUCGCAGUCCUCCAGUCUGACAGAACUGGACCUGAGUAACAACGACCUGCAGGAUUCAGGAUUGAAGAAGCUGUGUCCUGGACUGGAGAGUCCACACUGUCACCUGGUGUCUCUCAGGUUGAGUGGUUGUAAUGUCUCAGGGAACAUCUGUCCACUUCUGUCCUCAGUUCUCAGCUCUCAGUCCUCCAGUCUGACAGAACUGGACCUGAGUAACAACCACCUGCAGGAUUCAGGACUGAAGAAGCUGUUUCCUGGACUGGAGAGUCCACACUGUCACCUGGAGUCUCUCAGGCUGUCAGGAUGUCUGAUCUCAGAAGAAGGAAGUUCUUCUCUGGUCUCAGCUCUGAGUUCCAACCCCUCCCACCUGAGAGAGCUGGACCUGAGCUACAACCAUCCAGGAGAGUCAGCAGUGAAACUUUUGUCUAGACUGGAGGAUCCCCGCUGGAGACUGGACACUCUCAGGGUGGAGCCUGCUGGACAACGAUGGUUGACACCAGGUCUGAGGAAGUAUUCCUGUCAACUCACCAUCGACACAAACACAGUCCACAAACGCAUCAAACUGUCUGACAACAACAGGAAGAUGAUGUAUGUGGAGGAGGAUCAGUCAUAUCCUGAUCAUCCAGACAGGUUUGAUUUCUGGGCUCAGCUUCUGUGUAGAGAAGUUCUGACGGGUCGCUGUUACUGGGAGGUCCAGUGGAGCGGGGGAGUUUCUGUAUCAGUGAGUUACAGAAGAAUCAGAAGGAAAGGAAACUCUGUCGACUGUUUGUUUGGAAGGAACGAUCAUUCCUGGAGUCUGUCCUUUUAUGGUGAUGGUCGGUACUCUAUCUGUCACAAUGACAGAGGAACACCUUCCUCCUCCUCUUCCUCAGUCUCUGGCAGAGUAGCAGUGUACGUGGACGUUCCUGCUGGAACUCUGUCCUUCUACAGAGUCUCCUCUGACAGACUGAUCCUCCUCCACACCUUCAACACCACAUUCACUGAACCUCUCUAUCCUGGGUUCGGGGUUGAUUCUGGUUCUUCAGUGUCUCUGUGUUGAGUUCAGUCUCCAGAGUCUCCUCCUGUCAGAGAAACUGUCUCUGUUGGACAGAUAGUUGAGUCUGUACAUGUCUGUCUCUGUUUCCAUCAGGACACCUGAAUCACAUGUUGGUGAAACUGUUCUGAAUGAUUCCUUGGAACCUUCUUCCUCUUCCGGUCCUUUAAAGGUGGAAGCUGCCGUUAUUCCAGGAUCCAAAUGUGUUUCUUCCGUCUGUUUCCAGUCAGAGCUAUACAGUGAACAGUAACAUGUUGUUUCUCUGCAGCUCAGUUCAGCUCAGAUCAGUCAGCUGCAGUUAGUUUGCUGCACAUGUGACCAACUGUGAUGUCAGAGAGGAAUCACUGAGCUACAAUCAGCCAAGAUGAAGUUACAACAAGGUUCAUCCUGGUCUUUAUUCUCACCCACAUCCUGUUCCAACCAGGACGUCACUACUGGACUGUCAGGUCUCUGUCAUGGCAAAGUGCUUGUUUUUAUGUGAGUUUAUUGUAUGAAUAAAAUGAUCCAUCCAUUAUCUAGAACUGCUUCUUCAUGUUCAGGGUCCUGAGGGUUGGCCUGAUUGAUUCUACACUGUACUAUAAUGAUUUUUAAGUAUAUUUGUACCAGUGCUUUAAGUGGGCCGGGACGCACUGGUAUGGAGUACCCGCACUUCUCAAUAUUAGCCUCUGGCGUACCGGGACUUUUUACAGCGUACCGGGACUUCUCGUGAGCUCAUAGUACUCUGUUCUCUCCUUGCCAUUUGGCUAUACAGUGGCGUCGCCAUGACAACGCGACUGCCCCUCGCGAGACGUUCACUCAAUAAUAUCAUGUUGGUGGUCCUUGUAACUGCCCACAUGUCAGUUUAAUAUUCUCAUUUAUUUAUGUAUUUUUUGGUUCCUACCUGCCCAUUAUUGUGUGGACGUAUUGUUUGUAUUUUUGUUUCUAGACGGUACCACUUUUAUCAACACCGCCUGGCAAAGCAUGGUAAGGGAGAAAACAUACGGACGGUUGUUUCCACACGCGAUAAAAUUAAUGUAAAGAUAAAUAGUAACAACACUAAAUAUACACAAAGAAGACAAAGACAGAAGGAAAGACAAGAUUCAGCCCUUUUGGUUGUGUGCAGCCUACGAGGUGUGUUAAUUGUUAAUUUUGUGUCUCUGUAUGUGAAUUUGCCCCUUUAAGUUUCACUACAAUCAAAUAUUUAAGACAGUCAUUGUCAACCUUUUUGUUUAUGAUAGAAACCAACACAGGUGUAUGUUAUUUAAUUGAUUUACUUGUCAACUUCAUAGCUCACUUCUCCAAUUUUCUCCAUGCCUUGUCUCCAUAUUUCAUCUCUGUGUGUCUCUCAUGUGUCUGUCCACAGGGAACUCUAGGUCCAGUUAGUUGGGUUGUGCAUCAGUUAGUUGGGUUGUGCAUAAGUUAGUUGGGUUGUGCAUCAGUUAGUUCGGUUGUGCAUCAGUUAGUUUGGUUGUGCAUCAGUUAAUUUGGUUGUGCAUCAGCCUCUCUGCUACCUGAGGGCCGCCCCCCUGAAGACCUCCCUUGUGUACACAUAAUUGGUUUGUAAAAUUCAAUAAAACAAUUUUCUUUUUAAAAAUCGGGAUCAUGUCCUUGUAUUUAAAUAUAUCACUAUUUCCAGCAGUGUUUUUUACUUCACUAAUCGUUCAAAUUCAAUUAAUAUUAUGUUAUCUGAAUUUCACUGACUGUUUUCUUUGUUGCCAGUUAAAUGUGAUAGUAUCUCAUGUAUAUGAUGUUCAUGCUAAUAACAUUAUUAUUUGGAUUAUGUGCUAUGGUUAAACAUGUG